AUAGUGGUGCCCUACCGGGACCGGCUGAGCAACCUGCAAGCCUUCCUGCAACACAUGCACCCGUUUCUCCAGAGCCAGCAGCUCGAUUACGCCAUAUACCUCGUUGAGCAGAACGGCACGGGAGACUUCAAUCGCGCGAAGCUGCUCAACGUGGGCUACGACAUUGCCAAGGCAAUGGACGACCACAACUGCUUCAUCUUCCACGACGUAGAUUUGCUGCCGGAGAACAGGCGCAACGAGUACGCUUGCAAGGACGAAGGGCCGUUCCACAUGUCCGCUUGCACCGACAUCAUGAAAUACAAGCCGUUCUACGAGACAAUCUUUGGAGGAGCGAGUGCCGUGCGCAGCGACCACAUGGAGAAGGUCAACGGCUUCUCAAACGUGUUCUGGGGAUGGGGCGGCGAAGACGACGACAUGUCCAUCAGGUACUUUAAGGAAGAUCGAACGCCGCCAUGA